CAGCAGUCGCCAGAGCAGCAUGCCUAGUAGGAGCUAUAGGGUCUGUUUUUAUAUUUGCUAGCACUCCCAUGAGCAGGAACCUAUCACAGUUUGGAGGUAGUGUCUGCGCCGUCAACUCCUUCUCAAAUCCCCUUGCUACACAUGGCUGCGUCAGAUCCUGGCUUUUAAACUCACUGAGGCCAGUGAGCGGAGCAGUCAGUUCUCCUGCAGUUUAUCGAGAGAAGCGAUGUCAGUUUCUAUGCUGAAUGCAGUGUGCGGCUGUGUGAGGAGGCCAGGCAAGCAAGUGGCCUGGCUUUUCAGUCUCAGGCGCCUGUAUCGCAGCGAGCGAGCAGUCUAUGGUUACAAACCGGCCAGGAAUGAUGACAGUGGGCUCAAAUUAACCCGAGAGGAAGCCCCAGUCCAAGUUGACCAUGGUUUAGCACGACUGGUGACAGCGUAUAGGGAACAUGGCCACAAAGCAGCUAAAAUCGAUCCAUUGAGUCAAGGUGUGAUUGAGAUGAUUCCUGAAAUCCAAGUUUUAACUGAAGCACUUCAGGGUCAUGACCUGUUCUGCACGAAAGGAAUGUUAAAUUUUGGGAAAGAGGUAGCCACUUUGGAGGAGGUAUUGGCCUACUUGGAACAGACUUACUGCGGGCACAUAUCUGUCGAGAUUGGCCAACUGGAGACCAUGGCUGAGAGACAAUGGUUUGCUCAACGAUUUGAACAAGCAAAGCGGGAAACUUUAACCCCGGAAGAGAAAAGACAUUUAGCGAAGCUGAUGCUGGAGUCCCAGGAAUUUGAUCACUUCUUGGCCACUAAGUUUUCCACCGUGAAACGUUAUGGUGGUGAGGGAGCAGAGAGCAUGAUGGGAUUCUUCCACGAACUGUUCCGAAAUGCAGCGUUCAAUGGUGUGACUGAUGUGGUGCUGGGGAUGCCCCACCGAGGGCGACUUAACCUCUUGACUGGAAUCCUGCAAUUUCCUCCUGAGAGUGAUCUGUCCUUUCGACACAAGUCUGAUUCCAUCGCACAGCCUAUUGAAGGCUUCAUUUUUGGAUCUGUGUUGAACCACCUUGCACAGCUCCGUGAAGUUCAUGAUGCUGCAUGUUGCACCAAUGUCUACUUAACAUUUAAUGUUGACCAACAUUCUCCCGCAGUCCUCAUUCCAACAGUCACAAACCUAUCACCUAUUGAUGUGACUGAAUAUAUUCAAGAAAAAGUGAGCAGCUGA